UACUCGUGGGUACCCAGAGGAAUUUUUUAUUCCGGUGUUCUAGUCAGUUUCUUUUGCUAGCCAUGGAGAAUUUCUCCAGCGCGCCUCUACUACUCGCAUCUCUUCUGACCGCGGCCCCCUGGUGCUGAAACUCUUGCUCAACCCGCUGGUUGACCGUUCGCGCCUGGGGAACAAUUUGAGUCGACUCAAAAGUCAUCUCGUUACAAUGUCACAUGGGUCAUUUCAUUCAAGAAGCGCUAUAAUUGUGUGGAGGCUUCCGAAGCGAGUUGGGAAUAUUUUUAUUUCUGCUCAUAAGAGUUAGACUACAGUAGGUUUUAGUUUACUGUUUCUAUUUCUAGUUUGCUUCGUUACAACCCUUGCGACCCCGUGGAGGAAUGCCUUGUGGGAGUCCUUAGGAUCGGUAUAUAGCUAGCUUGCUUGCUCUCCUUUUCCUUUGUGGUUGAGUGCCGAAACCGGUUACCAAUUUUUUUUAAAAAAAAAUACACAAAGGUUUUUGCAAGCAUCUACCCUCUAUUUUCUAUAUUCACAGUCGCUGCCACAUAAAGUCAUGGCGCCGAAAUGGUGCUCCCUCGUGACGUGGAUAGCACGGCGGCUCUUCUCACCUGUCUUUCCUUGCCCCUGUCGUCCGUGUUGGUGUCCCACUGUGUGCACACUGCACAUGGCACGCUCGUUGCACACAUGGCACCACCAUACCCCACUGUGUGCACAUGGCACGCUCCGUGCCACAUGGCACCACCAUACCCCACUGUGUGCUCGUGUGCCAUGGCAGGCCCACAUGAACAGUGACCAUGAGGACGCCAUCAGAGCCAUGGUGCAUGGGGCACUGCAGGUGGAGGUGCCGUCAGCGAAGAUCCUUUACGUGGACCGAUUCGGAUUCCUGGUGGAGACGCCUCUCAAGGGCCAGCUGUCUCGAGUGCGCCUGCCCUUCCCCCGCCCUGCCUCGAGCAGAAAGGAUGUGAAGGACCUAAUCGUGGAAAUGACCAGACAGGCCCAGGGUAAUUCUGGACCGAAAUAAGCGGUACCCCCUCGUGCCGCGGAAGAUAGGUGGGUAGCAGACCAGUAUCGUUUCCUUUCUUCUACAGCCAAGCCAAUGAAUGGCAUACGGUACAAAUGGAAGCAUGUGUGAUUUUCGUUGGGCAAUCUUGUUAUGCUGCCACUGCAUUUGCCUACACACAUUUCUUUCACUUAUUAUCAGGGCCCCUGACAGCAGACGAAUUCGGUCUGAUCGUCUGAUAAUCAGACUUGAUUUUUUAGGUUCAUCUGAUUUUCAAGACCACUUUAUUAAUUCCGUCUGAAAG